AUGGGUUAUGUGCCAAACUUCACGGCUGCUGCACCGGGGGCCCCUCCUGCGCUGCCGACCCCACCGAAUCUCCAGGGCCUCCUAAGCCAGGCAACGGGUAUGCCUCUACCAGGUAUGCCGGGGGCCCCUGGGGGCCCCCAGCAGCCGCCGUUUGUGUACCCUAUGGGGGGCCCCCCGGGGCCCCACGGUAUGAUGCCGCCGCCGCAGCAGCAGCAGCAGCAAGGGGGUCUACCAGGGGGGGGCCCCCAGGGUACUGUGCCUCCUGGCCUCGGCCAGGGGCCCCCUGCAGGGGCGAAGCCGGGGAUGGGGGGCCCCCUAGGGCAGGUGUCUGUAGAGGAGAGGCGUGCAACUGAGAUACGACGGUACUGA